AUGGCCAGCAGCAGUGGAGUAAAAGGCGAGGACUUGCAUAAACCAGACGCGUCGCUUAAACCUGGUAGUACAUCAGGAGAAACCGUGGACAUUACUGGUUGCGAACUAGGCAGUGCUGGCAAAGAGAGCUGGGCUGCAGAGACACUUGAUAACCCCGUCGACGACGUGCCCUUAAUUGAUAUAUUACCCAAUAGCAGCCAUCGUGACGGUUCCAUAUACACCGGCACAGAAAACUGGAAAAGAAGCUAUCAUAUUGCUGAACGUAAUGAGACUCAACUGGAGGCAAUGAUGUUUUCAGAUCCCACAGAUUGCUUCAUGUACAAUGGACAAUGCGCGUCACACUCAAGUCGUCACAUGUUCCAAAUUUUGUCGUUAAGGUUGGCUAAAAUUCCUGCGGAGCGCGGGUCAAUUGAGUUGUAUGGAUACAUAGCAGUACGGGAUUAUCCGGAUACAUCACUUAAUUAUAUCGUCAACUUUACCAGGGAUAAUCCCAUCAUCAUGGAGCAGGGUUAUCUCAUCAACAUGCCUGGUCCUAAGCGGGGGAUUCAAUUUAUUAGUCCUAUUCUAAUUGAAUAUGACAUGAAGAUCAAGACAGCCGAACACGAGAAAGAAGAUCUACAACUGAUUGAUGGUGUAUCACAUUUAGAUCCCAUGGAAACAAGUAAUUGCAGCCCAUUCACAUUACGCAUCCAAGGAGAUUGUGGCGCAAUUGACGUAGGCGCAUCACGUCUUAGCUUUGCUGUUGAGUCGACUAUCGAAGUUGUCAUAUCACAAGUGCAAACCAGUUUCAGUAUGCGUCUUGGUUGUUUUACCAGUGGGUUACAUGAAGAAAUCCGGCUCUUUGAUGGUGCUAUUGUUGAGUCACGUGGCUUAAAGAGGUCUGUGGUUGCUGUACAGAAGGAUGCUCAGAUGGAAUUAAAGUUCAAGGUAGCCGCAGACUCAUGCAUCCCCGCUGAAUAUUGCUGUUCAUUCGAGGCGAACAAGCAUGGGCAUGCUACUCAAGAGAUAAAGACGGGCUUUGUGUUAAUCGCAGUGAGGGUGACUUGGUCUACUUUAAAAGAACUGUAA